AUGCGUGGUUUUGUGCUUCUCCUAUUGGUGGUGGCCUGUACCGCAGCCCCGGGCACCCAGGGCGAGGAUGAAGGGAAACUGGAGCUGUUCUCUGGAGUUUUUGUUGAGAAGGAUGCUACAGGCGAGGAUAAGCUAAACGUCAAGUUCGAUCCUGGUGAACUCAGAGAGGCAGCGAGGACUUUUCAAGAAGCCCGUGGUAAAAUAAAAAAAUACACACCCUUGCUCGCCGGGAUCGGGGUGAAGGUCAUCGCUGUUGUCGCUCUGCUCUUCGGGGGCCUAACUUUACUGGUGACCAAAGCGCUGGUUGUUGCCAAGCUGGCAUUCCUGGCGGCUGCAGCUCUAGGCAUCCAGAAGCUGCUUAGUGGGGGAGGACUUAAUGGUAUUAGCAAGCAGAUAGCCAGUUUCCAGUCUUCGCCACAGCAAUGGUCGUCACCGACGGCUUCCGCGGCCUCGUACCCUUACGCUAGAUCAUCAAGCAUAGCUCAAGAAGCUAACGAUUUAGCAUACAAAUCACAACUAGGGUCGUAA